CAAAAUCAUAGAAUUGAGCAGAGUGGAGAUACAGAAGUUGAGAAUCAAUCUGCAGAAAGUACAACAACAAAAUUUGCAACUUGCCCAAGCAAAUAGCCAGAUCGUAGGGGAACUCAAUUCAGGUAAAGAUAGGCUAAAAGCACUUCAGCAUGAAAUUGGAUGCAAAAAUGGUUGCUGAAUGUGAGAAAACUGGAGGCUGAGGGGAGAGCGAAAAGAGUAACGUGCCAAAGUAAAGAAAAUCAGGUAGAAGGUUCAACUAAGUGUGUUGAAGCAGGGGAGUCCUUGCAAGCAGACAGCGAGGAUGGGCCUUGUAAUACCAAAAGGGGACGACAUCCAAAAAACCCACCUGUGGCUUCUCAUACUGUUGAAGCGGUCGAAGUUAAAGUGAAGGCUGACAACAAAAGGCAGUCUGCAAGGUUUAAAACUGAAGAACAUGAAGCAACUGAAGAAAUGCUUGCGACCAAUGUUGGAAAAAUUCCUGUCUCUCCUAUAUGCGAUAAUGUGGUUCAUGAAAGUGAGAUGGCAUUUUCAUUAGUGGACAAAGAGGCUCCUACAAUUGAAGCAGUCCAAGCUAACGAGAAGGCUAACAACAAAAGACGUUUUACAAGGCAGUCUGCAAGGUUAAAAACUGAAGAACAGGAAGCAAAUGAAUUUUUUUUUGAGACCAAUGGUUACAAAAUUCCCGUCUCUCCUCUAUGUGACAAUGUAGUUCAUGAAAGUGAGACUACAUGUUCACCGGGGGAAAAAGAGGAUCCUACGAUUGAAGAACUCCAACCUAAAGGGAAGGCCGAGAACAAAAGGCGUUUUACGAGGCAAUCUGCAAGGUUAAAAACUGAAGAACAGGCGCCUGAAGUGUUGUUUGAGACCAAUGGCGAAGAGUUUCCCGUCCCUCCUCCAUGUCAAAAUGUUGCUCAUGAAAGUGCUCCGACAUGCUCAAUGGCGGAAAAAGAGGAUCCUAUUACUGAAGCUGUCCAUGAUAAAGAGAAGGCGGACAACAAAAGACGCUUGACAAGGCAGUCCACAAAGUUUAAAACUGAAGAACGGGGAGCAACUGAAGCGUCGUUUGAGAUCAACGAUGACACAGUCCAUGCCUCUUCUCUAAGUGACGAAGUGGUUCAUGAAAGUGGUUUGACUUGUUCUUCAGUGAAAAAGGACGAUGGCGGAUACAUUGACCCGAGAUCUGAAGGCCAGGAAUGUCGAAAAUCAUCUGCCAGGCCACUGCGCCGAGCAACGCAGAAGAUUCAGUCAUACAAGGAAAUUCCAGUUAAUGUGAAGAUGCGCAGAGAAUGAGUCAGUUGAUGCUCAGAAGAAUAACUACAUUGUUGUGCCUUUUGGUAUUAAGUAGUUGUUUUGUAAAAUUACUCUCGGUUCAGGAAAUAGCUUUUAACUUUGUAAAGUUUAAUGCUAAUCUAGUUUCCGUUAAUAGCAUCAGCAGAUGAAGGGCUAAAUUUCACAAACUCAACAUGAAAUACACAAAGCCGCUUAUAGCUCAAGCGGUUAAAGAGUAUUACCAUUGCAUUUGAGGUUCUAGGUUCGAUUCCUCUUUACAUACUAUUGUAUCAAAAACUCGUCUCUCUCUCUCUCUCUUUCUCUCUCUCUCUAUAAAGGUAUUGUGAUCAUUGAAAGUACGAUUUUU